AUGAACCAGCGCUCCGCCCGCCGAGCGCGUCGGCGGAACUACAAGGCCCGGGAGGCGCUGGGCGGCCGCGGCUUUCCACCGGAAGAAGGCGCGCCGAGGCGGGGGAGGAGCCCAAAAGGGAUUGUGGGAGAGGGGCGCUUUCCUUUCCGUCUGGCGGCAGCCAUCAGGCGGGCUGAAGCGGGGGAUCUUUACUCCUGCAUCCGCCUCCGAUCGCCCUCCUCUUCGGCCAUCCGGGCCGGGGGACCCUGCGUCCUCGAAGAUACUCCUGCCUCCUACCCCCGCCUGUGCCCAGGCUACGUCAUCUACCGGAUCCGCGUGCGCCGGGGCGGCCGCAAACGCCCGGUCCCCAAGGGCGCGACCUACGGCAAGCCUGUGCACCACGGCGUCAACCAGCUCAAGUUCGCGCGCAGCCUGCAGUCCGUGGCCGAGGAGCGAGCUGGACGCCACUGUGGGGCUCUAAGAGUCCUGAAUUCCUACUGGGUUGGUGAAGAUUCCACAUACAAGUUUUUCGAGGUUAUCCUCAUCGAUCCAUUCCAUAAAGCCAUCCGAAGAAAUCCCGACACCCAGUGGAUCACCAAGCCAGUCCACAAGCACCGGGAGAUGCGGGGGCUGACGUCUGCUGGCCGCAAGAGCCGUGGCCUUGGGAAGGGCCACAAGUUCCACCACACCAUUGGUGGCUCACGGCGGGCGGCCUGGAGGAGGCGCAACACUCUGCAGCUGCACCGCUACCGCUAACCCAAGUCGUGUUUGUAAAACCCCCCCAAUAAACAAUGAGGACAGUCCUGUCUGCUUAAA